CCACGGAGCCGAAAGACUGCGGAAACGAGGGUUGGUCCGGUGCCACGCUUUAGCCAGACAAAUUGUGAUCGAGUCCCUAAUGGAUUAUUAAGCGAGCGCGUCCAUUCCAUUCUGCGAGCGACGACAAGCGAGGGAAACACAACGGCCACAAAGUAACGUGCAAUAAGAGGACACAAUGCAGCCUUUCAGUUUCUUCACUUCGCUGCUGCUCAGUGCACUGGUUUUGCUACUACUCGACGAAGCUUCGGCCGGUCGCGAUUUCUACAACAUUCUCGGCCUCCGGAAGACGGCCUCGAAGAACGAGGUGAAAAAGGCGUACAGAAAACUAGCGAAGGAGCUGCACCCGGACAAGAACAAAGACGAUCCGGAUGCGUCGCAAAAAUUCCAAGAUCUCGGCGCCGCGUACGAGGUGCUAUCGGACGAUGACAAACGCAAACUGUACGAUCGGUGCGGCGAAGAGUGCGUGAAGAAGGAGGGCAUGAUGGACAACCACGAUCCGUUCGCGCAGUUUUUCGGUGACUUUGGGUUCGGCUUCGGUGGCCAGGAGCAGCGGGAAACGCCACGGGGGGCCAACAUCGUGAUGGACCUACACGUGACGCUCGAGGAGCUGUACAGUGGGAACUUUGUGGAGAUCACGCGCAACAAACCGGUGAUGAAGCCGGCCUCUGGCACGCGCAAGUGCAACUGCCGGCAGGAGAUGGUGACGCGCAACCUGGGCCCGGGACGGUUCCAGAUGAUGCAGCAGACGGUGUGCGACGAGUGCCCGAACGUGAAGCUGGUGAACGAGGAGCGCACGAUCGAGAUCGAGAUCGAACCGGGCAUGGAGGACGGACAGGAGACCCGGUUUUCGGGCGAAGGCGAACCGCACAUGGACGGCGAUCCGGGUGAUUUGAUGCUGAAGGUGAAAACGGUACCGCACCAAAGGUUCGAGCGGCGCGGCGAUGAUCUGUACACGAACAUCACCAUCAGCCUUCAGGAUGCGCUGACCGGUUUUACGCUGGACAUUGUGCACUUGGACGGCCACAAGGUGACGGUGACGCGGGAAAAGAUCACCUGGCCGGGUGCGCGCAUCCGGAAGAACGGCGAGGGUAUGCCGAACUACGAGAACAAUAACUUGCACGGCACGUUGUACAUUACGUUCGACGUCGAGUUUCCGAAAGCACAGUUCAGCGACACGGAAAAGGAAGACAUUAAGAAACUCCUAAACCAACCCUCCAACAACCGUGUAUACAAUGGUCUGCGAUAUUCCUAACCACCCAAACGCGCGAUAAGGUGGCAACAAGGGACCUCCCUACUUUAGAGCCAAGAGACUCCCGGAACCAUUCGGAAAUAGCUCGAUUACACUUAGGCCGACAACAAAUUUAUAGUUUAUCAAUACAAGCCCGGACGAUGUGGCUUUCCAAAGUUCGCACAGACAUGGCAUUUCUUUCUGAUCGACGUUUGUUCCGAUUCUUUUAUGCUCGGUGAAUGAAAACUGUGCAGGAAGGGGCCGUUUUUGUGCCCGGCACAGGCGUAGGUGAAGUUGGUGAGCAUAUUUAUUUGUUCGGUUUCGUUCAUCGAACUUCCCUGCUUUCCGCUCGUUACUCAAUCCUUUUCAACCUUUUGUGUUUGUGUGGCGAUUAUGUAAAUAUGCGUUUGUUUAAGAAAGUAACGCAAUCAAAUAAAA